AUGGACUCUGAGGACACAAGCAGUUACCAGUCCCACCUGCUGCCUGCCUUCCUGCUCUACUCUGGUGUGGGCUGCCCACCUUGUCUGGAAGUUUCAACAUUUAUUUUGCAGGAUACAGCAGGUGUAAAACAGUACAGUGAAAUCUUUCCCAACAAUGCAGUAUUUAAUAUCAAGGUAAGGGAAGAAUAUAAAUAAAAUAAAAAUAUGCAGGGUCAGUGCCAGUAGCAUAAUUACAAUCUGCAGGUACCAAUAGAACUUUCGUAGAACUCAGAACUUCAGGUCUACAAGUCAGAAAACCCACUUAUGCAAUAUUUGCAUUUGUGGAACGGGGAUUGAUGAUUCUUCAUGUACAUGUCAAUGCUAUAGAGUGCAUUUCUCUCUCUCUUUCUCUCUGUCUUUAUCUCUCUCUCUCAGACAGUGAGCGUACACACAUAUGUCUGCAUAUGUGUUUCGUGACUUGGUGCUGGUUAUGACAGCGGGGUGUAAAUUCCUGUGGGGUGGGUUAAGUUGGUGGGUUCUCUGCUCUGUCUGUCCACAUUGGUGUGUUCUUCUUCUCCCCUCUCAUCAAGAAAGCAACUCAGGAAGAAGGGAAAGUAAGAGAAGAAAACGCUUCCUCCCCCGGAAGGAAACUCCAUCCUCCUAAAGCUCCUCUCCUUCCUCAAGACGCACCCAAGCGUAAAAGCUCUAUCUCAUCCUCGGACCCAAGAGACUUCCAGAACUCCCAGCCCAGCCACGUCAGCUCUCUCUCAUCAUCCUCCUCUUCCCCCCUCCUCUCCCCCUCUCUCUCAUUUCCUCAUCCCCUUUCCUCCUCUCCUCUCCUCUCCCUCUCCUUCCCCUCCUCUUCAUCUCAUCCUCUCAUCUCCUCUCCUCUCCUCUCCUCUCCUCUGAGUGGUGAACCAGUCCAUCUCCAGUUUUAUUUAUUACAGCCUUAUUCUAAGAUUGAUAAAAUUGUUUUCCCCCCUCAUCAAUCUACACACAAUACCCCAUAAUGACAAAGCAAAAACAGGUUUUAUAGAAAAAAAAUCAAAUUUGUUACAAAUAAAAAACGGAAAUAUUACAUUUACAUAAGUAUUCAGACCCUUUACUCAAUACUUUGUUGAAGUACCUUUGGUAGAGAUUACAGCCUUGAGUCUUCUUGGGUAUGACGCUACAAGCUUGGCACACCUGUAUUUGAGGAGUUUCUCCCAUUCCUCUUUGCUGAUCCUCUCAAGCUCUGUCAGGUUGGAUGGGAAGCAUUGCUGCACAGCUAUUUUCAGGUCUCUCCAGAGAUGUUCGAUCGGGUUCAAGUCCGGGCUCUGGCUGGGCCACUCAAGGACAUUCAAAGACUUGUCCCGAAGCCACUCCUGCAUUGUCUUGGCUGUGUGCUUAGGGUCGUUGUCCUGUUGGAAGAUGAACCUUCAGCCCAGUCUGAGGUCCUAAGCGCACUGGAGCAUGUUUUCAUCAAGGAUUUCUCUGUACUUUGCUCCGUUCAUCUUUGCCUCGAUCCUGACUAGUUUACCAGUCCCUGCCGCUGAAAGAAAUCCCCACAGCAUGAUGCUGCCACCACCAUGCUUCUCCGUAGGGAUGGUGCCAGGAUUCCUUCAGACGUGACGCUUGGCAUUCAGGCCAAAGAGUUCAAUCUUGGUUUCAUCAGACCAGAGAAUCUUGUUUCUCAUGGUCUGAGAGUCUUUAAGUGGAUGCACCUGAGCUCAAUUUCGAGUCUCAUAGCAAAGUGUCUGAAUACCUAUGUAAAUAAGGUAUUUCUGUUUUAAAUUUCUAAAAGCCUGUUUUCGCUUUGUCAUUAUGGGGUAUUGUGUGUAGAUUGCUGAGGAUAAAAAAAAUGUUUACCCCUUUUUCUCCCCAACUUUCAUGGUAUUCAAUUGGUAGUUACAGUCUUGUCCCAUCGCUGCAACUCCCGUACGGACUCGGUAGAGACGAAGGUCGAGAGCCGUGCGUCCUCCGAAACACAACCCAACCGAGCCCCACUGCUUCUUGACACAAUGCCCGCUUAACCCGGAAGCCAGCCGCACCAAUGUGUCAGAGGAAACCCCGUACACCUGGCGACCGUGUCAGCGUGCACUGCGCCCGGCCCGCCACAGGAGUCGCUAGUGCGCAAUGGGACAAGAUCAUCCCUGCCGGCCAAACCUUCCCCUACCCUGGAAGACGCUGGGCCAAUUGUGCGCCGCCCCAUGGGUCUCCCGGUCGCGGCCGGCUGCGACAGAGCCUGGACUCAAACCAGGAACUAGUGGCACAGCUAGCACUGUGAUGCAGUGCCUUAGACCACUCGGGAGGCCCUGGAUUUUUAUUUAUUUAAUCCAUUUUAGAAUACGGCUGUAACGUAACAAAAUGUGGAAAAAGUCAAGGGGUCUGAAUACUUUCUGAAUCCACUGUAGACCUGACACUAUCCCAGUUGAAAGGUAUACAGUGAUUCAAAAGAGCUUACAGCAAUUCAACUUGAACAGUAUUGUCAUCAGAAUUAUUGGCAACGUUUCAACCAAUCUUGACCACAGGGGUGUAGAGCUGAUAGUGUCAGCAGAAUGAAGAGUUUACAUGAACUGUCAACCCAUAUAAAAAGCCAUGACACCACAGAGGGAAAUUAUAUAGCACUGCAUCAGAUCCUCCGGAAGAGAGGAGUGCGAUAAAAAGAGGAAGGAAACUUGUAUGGUGCUGAAGGACCUUACACAAGAGGGAUGGCAGGAAGAGGUGUGCAGAGAGAGAGAGAGAGCGAGAGAGCGAGAGAGCGAGAGAGCGAGAGAGAGAGAGAGAGAGAGAGAGAGAGAGAGAGAGAGAGAGAGAGAGAGAGAGAGAGAGAGCAGCUGCUGAUGAUGGAUAUUGAUUCCUAACUCUCUCUUUAGCUUGAAGUCAGACUCAGAGAAAGAGGAAGAGAGAAAGCGAGAGAGAAAGACAGAGAUGGCACUACAAACAAUGGAGGGAUGCCACUGUCUCUGUCCCCAAUGUUGUGACACAGGCUAGUCCUGGGGUUGUUGUGGUAUAGUAGAGUAGUAGAAACACCCAUAAAAAGUUGGAGCAUCAAGAGUACCUGUCUUUUUUAAAGUAAAGUAGGGCCCUCCCCUUCCUGUAGGACCACAGCCUGUGCCAUUGGGAUAGGUGCCAGGGGCUCAUAGGAUGGCUCUGCCCAGUGUGCCAGCUUGUCUCUCAGUCCCACUGUUCCCCAACCUCUUCUCAAUCUGGUGCCCUUCUGCCAGUCUGUCUGGCCACCCUGUCUAGUCUACACACACACCAGGCACAACUGUCCGUCGCUCCCUCACACACUCUCUCACACACUCUCUCUCACACACACACACAGUACACCCUUACGGAAAAAACAAAAACACAUGUUUUCUUGUAAUCACGAAAUCAUGUGUUUUUUCUGUAAGGGCACACACACAGCACAAAACACAUGCACACACACACACACACAGCGUUCACACAGUCUCUGGCAAUCUCAUCUCACUAUCUAGCCUGUGACAGUAACAUGCAAGGAAAGGAAAAUACAGCUUCAGGUUCUUUAAUCAAGUUAAGAGAUGUGGCCAUAUGUGUACUCUAACUGUCUACAGUAAACACAACCAAUACAAAGAGCAAUGUACAGCAUUACAACUAGCACAUACUAGCACCACCAUAUUGGAGCAGUACAGUGUGUGGAAGCACCAGUGCGCAGAGCCGAGAGCAGAGGAGUGUAGUCUGCAGAGACUGGGCAGAGCCACUGGCUGGAAGAGUUCCCACUCUGAACUGAGAGGCCACAGUUAUAUUCACAUAGAGGCUAGCACGCACACACACACAUUAGCCACAUACGCACACACUCUCGCUAACUCACAUGCCAAGACUCUCCCUGGAACAGUGUCCCAGUGAAGAUUCAAUCACACCCACCCACAGUCACGUAGACCAAAUCUACAGGCAGCCUAUUGUGAAAGAAUAGUUGUUCCUCUGCCAGUGUGUCUUGCUAGCUAGCUGCUCGGUUAAAACAAGGGUUGCGCAACAACACAAAAUGCCUGAGGCACUAAAGCAGGCCGACAUGGACAGAAAUCGAUAUCACGAUAAUGAUAAAUAGAAGGAUAUGUUUAUAACGUUCAUGUGCAGCAGUUAAGUUACUUUUAUAUAUUACCGUGCGCUUAGAACUACUACUACUAUGAAUUGUGUAACUAUCAAGUGUACCAUCAGCAAUAGCCCAUAUUAGCAGACUUAUUUCAUUUCAAACUUCACAUUUCUCUAGUAGAGGCUACUUAUCAUGAUUAUCGAUAUCAAUUAACUGUCCUCGAUAAAUGGUUGGUGCGGUCAGUGUCGAUCAUUUCUGGUUUAUUGUCCCAGCUCUAUGAGGCACACAGUCAAGCCUUUGCUCUGCUCACAAUUCAAUUGCUAUUGCACUCACACUCCUCUCCACUCCUCUCCACUCCACUCCUCUCCACUCCACUCUCCUCUCCUCUCCUCUCCUCCCCUUUCUAGAGAAGACAAAAUAACAAACAGGUUUUGAAAAUCGCCAGAAAGCCCCUUCUCUUUUGUUCUCUGUUUGUUCUUUCUUCAUUCUCUCCUUCUUCUAUUGGUUGAACGUCAAGGGAAGUCGAUUGGCCCAGUUGACGUUGACCUAGAAUUGAAUGUAAAUGACCUUCAGCUAAACGGCUAUUUCUGUCUAGAGCACUUACAUUUCACAUCUAAUGAGGGGCAGUGAAAGGAUGUUACUGAUGUAACUCCGCAGAUGGUGGGGUGUGUGUGUGUACCUGCAUGCGUUUUCAUGUGCCUACGUGUGUGUGCAUGCGUGUGUGUGUGUAUGCGCGCGCAUGUUUAUGUGUGUGUGUGUGUGUGUGUGUGUGUGUGUGUGUGAGACUCUGGAUUAGUGUAGGUCAUGGCAGUGCAGCUGGGCCACUUGUGUACAGAGGCCAUUGAAAGAGGGGGAUUAGAGGUAAACUGAUAUGAGCAGUGGCUACUGAUAACUCAACUAUACCCUCAUCUCUUCUCUUCUCCUCCCCUCUGUCACCCCCUAACACAUAGCCCCCACCCACCUCUCCUCUCGUCCAUCACCAGCCUGCAGCUCUCUGGAGGGGGAUUGUCAUGCAAAUUGAGGUCCAGGCUUCAGAACUGAUAAGAGGGCCUCUCAUUUCAGAGGCAUUUGUUUUCUAAACAGAGAUGAGCUGGGUUUGGGGGGCAGGGGUAGACAGGGAGAGACAGGGGUAGGGGUUCAGGGGGGUUGAUUGAAUGGCUCCAUGUCAUCAUUAUUGUGGGCCUGCUUUCCAGGGGUGGGGUAAACGUGGAGCGGUAUUUGGAUAGGUAGGUGUGUGUGUGUGUGUGUGUGUGUGUGUGUGUGUGUGUUGUGUGUGUGUGUGUGUGUGUGUGUGUGUGUGUGUGUGUGUGUGUGUGUGUGUGUGUGUGUGUGUGUGUGUGUGUGUGUGUGUGUGUGUGAGAACAGGAGUCGUGUUCUGUUUUACUACGGCAGGAACCAGUUCAGGUGGUUGAUGGAUUUGUUUGUCCUUAUCUGUCCUAGUUUCUCUCUCUCUCUUUCUCUCUCUCACUCCACCCCCCUUCUAUAUCUCCCUCUCUGCCCCCCCCCCUUCUCUUGUUCCACCUCUCCGCUGCUCAGACAGUGUCAGUCAGUAUCAGUCAGUAUCCAUUUCUUGACCCCACACAGGAUUUGUCCUUUUCAAAGAACUUGUCAACACAUCGCCCCAGAGUCUCAUUUACUGCUGUUAUUAUUGCAUAAACACACAAGUUCAUGGCACGUUCACCGCGGUUCUGUGUUUGAUACAUUCAGAGCCAAGAGGAUAGCUGCAGGUCCACUGCUGCAGAAACAGUGUGCAUACCAAAUGGCAGCCUAUUCCCUAUUUAGUGCACUGCAUUUGACCUGGGCCCAUUUUUGACCUGGGUCAAGAGUAGUGCACUAUAUAGGGAAUAUGGUGCUAUUUGGGUUCCAGACACAGUUGUUUAUUUUAGAGUGGUUAGAGUAGAGAGGGUGAUUUGUUACUUUAGUAUUGGGUUUAUUCCUCUAACUGGUUUAACAGAUUUACCUCAAGCUGUUUCUGAGAAGGAAUUUAGGCUGUAGACUAUGAUUAUCUCUUGUAGUAGUAGUAGUAGGUGAAAAAUAUGUCGAUGUGCCCUUGAGCAAGGCACUUAACCCUAAUUGCUCCUGUAAGUCGCUCUGGAUAAGAGCGUCUGCUAAAUGACUAAAAUGUAAUUGUAGCAGUAAUUGUAGCAGUACUAGCAGUAGCAGGGUUACAGUAGAAGCAGCAGUAGCUAACAGCAGUAGCAGCAAUGAUGGUCAUCUUGGUCUUGAACAAGGCUAGCCCUGAGGGGCAACAACUGUGUCCUCCUCCCCUUCUCUGUCCCCUGGCUUUCUCUGUUGUUGUUUUUGAUCAAAUUCCUCCUUUUAUAUCCCCUUUUUCUUCUUUUUGAAGUCCCCACUCUUGUAAAAAGGCAAGCUGGUGGUUUGGCCUGAGCCCAGGGUAUGAGGGAAGGGGGAGGGAAGGGAAGAGGGACUGGGGAGUGGGGAUUGUAGGUUAAGUUUAAGCUAGCCCUGCGGUUUCCAUUGAAGGUGCUAGGGGGAGGUGGGGGCAGUAAAAGUUAGAAUUCUAGAGCCUCCCUGUUUUUAUUUUAUGAUUGGGGCUGCUUCUUUUUACGAGCCUGGGUCUACAGCUGGUGGUGUGAAUAGCUGCCCAAGGUGACUGGAUCCUAAUAAAGGCCGGGCCAGCAGGGAUGGGGCCUCCAGCCCAGCCAUGAGACUGUCUUUAUUGACCAGCUUAUGAGCCUGGGCCUCUAUUAAACCCUGCCAGGGCCAAGCUGAGGAAUUUAGAGCCAGGAAACCAAGAGGCAAAAAGGGUUUGUGUGUCAGGGGGUGGUGGAGUUUGGAGGCUGGAGUUGGAGAAGUUGGGGAGUUGAAGUUUGAGGGGUGACCGGGGUGAAAGUUGAAAGAAGUGUUGUUAGGGAGGGGGUCAACAUGUGUUUGCCUGUUAUUGAGAGUGUGCAGUGUUAGCUGUGUGUGUGUGUGUUUGUCAGUGUGUGUGGCGGUGUCGGUAUGUAUGUUGGUGUGUGUGUGCGCGUGUGUGUCUCUCGUGGGAAGUAUGGAAUCCAGACGUUGUGUAGCUUAGUGCCCAAAGGGGCUUAUUUAGAACAUCAUUCUUUUUAAUUUAGCGUAGAAGCAUGUGACUCAAGGUACAACUGUGACGUCAGUGGUAUGGCAGUCAGCUUGUGGGACUGGGUUUGAACAGGAGUGGCACAAGUCUGCAGCCUGCAGCAGUGGGAGGGGCAGACAGAUUCAGACGCCAGUUGUGCAUGAACAUUUUGGUCUCUCACCUUCCUAUACCUUAGCUACCUUGUGGGGUGUGUGGUAGAUUUCUCCUGAGGCAAGUGGAUGCCAGUCUCAGUGAGUCAGUCACUGUGGAAUGAGGAAUCCCUAACUCCAGCCACAGCCCCGCCCAUUCAGCCCCGCUAUCAGAGACUGAGAUCUGUCAAUCUAAUCAGUCACACCUCCACUUAUCCUCACUUAUCUGCCUGUUGUAAAAUUGUUUGUUUUCUUUACCUCUGUCAAUUACAACCCCUCCCAACUCUAAAACAGACACUUAACUCUGAUCUGUGACCUCUGGUCAGUGCUGCCCCCUUAGGGUGAACGAUGGGAGGGUGCACUUCUCCCUACCAAUAGUCAGCCAAAACCUUUCUCCCUGUCUUUAUUUGGUGUAGUCUAACCUAAGCAUGACUGAGUGAAACUGUACGAUAAUGGCUCGCUAACAACUGUAUUCGACUACAAGCAAAAAUAUAAUAAAAUCAAGCAACUCAUCCACCUCUCUUCUCUUUUCUGUAGCGGUGGAGACCCAGAGCACCAGCUCAGAGGAGAUGGUCCCCAGCUCUCCCUCUCCACCUCCCCCACCACGCAUCUACAAACCCUGCUUUGUGUGCCAGGACAAGUCCUCUGGCUAUCACUAUGGGGUCAGCUCCUGUGAGGGCUGCAAGGUGAGGAGGCCCCUGCUUCAUCAUCAUCAUCAUCACACGCACACACACACACACACACACUGACAACACUCAAACUCAACACUGGCAGGCAGCAUGCAAAAAAUGAUCUAGUUUCUAAUGUAAAAAAGUAUGACAUAGCUAACAAUGUAGGAUAAAGCAGGUGAAAGUAUUGAACACAAGAUAUUGAGAAUGUAAUAGAUCAAAUUCUGGAUGAGAAAAUCAUAACAGUACAAAACGUACUAAAAUGUUUCAGUUGUGAAUCCCGGAUUUGAUAAAUGAACAGACAUGAAAGGUUGAAAGAUAACAGACGGAUACAUGACCGUUACAAUGUUACUCCCUCCAUCAGACCGUAUUUCGUAAUAAUUAUUUUCCACCUCUCUCUCUUCAAUCAUUUCUCAGUAUGUGAUCGUUACAAUGUCACUCCCUCUAUCAGACCGUAUUUCAUCUGUUCUUUUCCCUUUCUUCUCUGGUUUCCAGGGUUUCUUCCGGCGCAGUAUCCAGAAGAACAUGGUGUACACCUGUCACAGAGACAAGAACUGCCAGAUCAACAAGGUCACCAGGAACCGCUGCCAGUACUGCCGACUGCAGAAAUGCUUCGAGGUCGGCAUGUCCAAGGAAGGUGAGAGACGUAAGAGAGGCUGGGGGAUGGGGGCUACUGACCUAGGACAUCCAGGCCCUGUGAUACAGAAGUAUGAACGCAAACACACAAAUGCACACACACUCAUGCACAAACACACACAUGGAAGUAAACACAGGCACACACACACACACUCGGAGUAUAUAAACAAAGCACUCAAUAUGCUUUUAGAUAGUCGUUGGUAGAGUUUGAUAUAAAAUGAUUCACCCAGCAGGAAGUAUGAAGGGAAACGAAGAAGCAGCAGGGUAGUGAUUUGGAAAGACUGGGCACAGUAUCAACCUUAUGACUAAUCAUGUUACUAAAUGACUCUUCCUGCGAACCAGUGUCCCAAAUGACCCCCUAUUCCCUAUAUAGUGCACUACUUUUGUCCGGUGCAAAGUAAUGCACUUUAUAGGGUAUAGGGUGCCAUUUGGGAUGCAGACUAAGUGUUUCACCAGUCAUCUCACUCUCAACACACCCUUGCCCUACCAAAACCCCUCAUCUUUCAUUCACACUUUCAUUUCAGUAUAGUAGCUCUCUAUAAAAAUUGCCUUUUUGAGUUGGCUCCAACUGAUCAUUCUGUUAUAACAAAUACAAAAGUGAGAGUAAUAGCAAAUUCUCAGUCACAAAGACCUCAAUUUACUCAAUGCGACGGUGUGUGUGUGAGAGUGUGUGUGAUGUGAGUGGCAGGAAGGUUUGCCCAUGGGACACGUAUAUGGGUGUAAUGUUUGUGUGGGAUGUGUGUUAGGACCAGGAUCACAUUGUCCCUCUGCUAUUUCUUGAUAUCCUGAGAGGAAGGAAAGAAUGGGAGGAGGGAGAGAGAGGGAGGGAGGCCAUGGACAAAGAGGAAGAGGAUGGGAGAUAACAGUGAAUGAAGAGAUAGUGUCAUCACUGUAUUGUAUAAAAUGGGUUAACAGCUGGUUCAUAACAUUACUGAAUUGCGGAGCAUCAGUAGUAGGCCAACAUAGAUUCUCACUCACAUGUUGAAUGUUCCUCCUCCUCUUAAUCCUCCUGCCCCUCCUUUUCCGCUCCCCAGCAGUGCGUAACGACAGGAACAAGAAGAAGAAGGACGUGAAGGAGGAGAUGGUGUUGCCAGAGAGUUAUGAGCUGAGUGGAGAACUGGAGGAGCUGGUCAAUAAAGUCAGCAAAGCCCACCAAGACACCUUCCCCUCACUGCUGCAGCUGGGCAAAUACCACACCGUAAGACUCUCAUACAUUUUGAAAGUUGUACUUUUUUCUGUUUGAACAUACUGAUUCACAUCACAUGUAAAGACACAAAUCCACUAUGAACAUGCACACUUUCCCAACUCAAAAGGCCAGUUCAGGGUAAAUCAAAUUUAUCCAAUGGUCAUUUGAGAGCGUAGUAGGUGAUUGGUUGGUGUACUGUAAGACCGUGAGAGCAUUCUACCUAGUUGGUUGAUGUCCAGUCAGUGGUGUUAUUAUUCUACCUGAUCGAUGUAUAGUAAGAACCCUGUCAAAUCAAAUUUGUAUUGGUCACAUACACAUAUUUAGCAGAUGUUAUUGCGGGUGUAGCGAAAUGCUUGUCAUUUAACCCUGUCUGUGUCCCUGCCAACCCCACGCUCACUAAUGAUGGGAAGUUCGGCUCUUUUCUGAGAGCCGGCUCUUUUGACUCGGCUCCCAAAGAAGAGCCGGCUCUUUCGACUCCCGAACGGCUCUUUAUUUAGGAUCUUUUGUAGCCUAUAUUUUACCUUAACUUUGAAAAAAAAUCAUGGUUUAUGUGUUGAAAACCCUUUUGCUUUCAGUGUUUUUAUGAGAGACCUUAUAAUGCCUAAUUCUGUGCAUUUAUUCUGUGACAAAACCACUCUUACAUUUGUUUAUUUCAAUUAAACUUUUUUAUUGCACAAAUUAACAAUAAACUUCAAACAAAUCCACAGAACAGAAUCAAAACCAGAACCAAACUCCAGCAAACAGCAUUAGUCCUCAGGGCAGGUUGGCAUUCAGGAAGAUCAGAUGCCUCAGCUUGGAUGGGCUGAUAGGCCUGAUACGAUUUCGCCUCUCCGUGAGUAUCUGCCCUGUUUUGGAGAAGAUUCUCUCAGAAGGAACUGAUGUGGCAACAAUACAUAGUCUCCCCUCCAUCACCUUCACCAGGAGUGGAAAGACUGAGGCCUUGGCCUGCCACCAGCUCAGUGGGUCUUCUGCUCUCUGGAUGAGGGGCUCCUCAAGGUAGCUCCUCACCUCCAGGACGGCGCAGACCUCUUUCACCAGCUCCCAUUCCUCUUGGCUUAAUGGCUCAAUAGAUGCGUUGAUGAGGGCCAGGGUGGAGAUGAUGGCAUCUUUUAUUUCAAGCAUUCGUUUCAACAUAUCAAAUGUUGAGUUCCACCUGGUGGCACACUCUUGUUUGGGCCUCAGUUCAGGAAUCCCCAUUUGGCGCUGUGUGGACUUUAGCUUCUGUGCUGCUACUGUGCUUUUGUGGAAAAACUCCACAACAGCCUUCACCUUAUCCACGGUUGUUUUGAUCACCUUCAGAGCAUCUCUAACCACCAGGUUUAGUGUAUGCGCCAGACAUGGGUGAUGGGUCCACUUCAAAACUUUUAUGGCUUUGGUGAUGUUUGCAGCAUUAUCACUCACACAGCACACCACUUUGUCCUCUACUUGCCACUCUUUUGCCACUCUUAGUAGCUCCACUGCCAAGUUUUCUGCAGUGUGUCUGUCGGUGAACUCGAAGCAGUCCAGAAGGCAAGAUGUCAUCUUGUAAUCUUCAAUAAAGUGGCAAGUGACAGACAUGAAAGAGCAGGUUGUUCUGGAGGUCCAGCAGUCAGUUGUCAGGCAAACUGAUGGAGCUUUUGUCACCCUUUCUUGCCAUAAUGCACGUUCUGUGUCAUAUAGUUUUGGGAUCAUUGUUUGGGAAAGUGUUUUUCUACUGGGUAGAGUGUAUGUGGGAUUUAGGGCUUUGACAAAGUUUUUCAUUCCUUUGUCCUCCACAAUGGAAAAGGGUUGAAAAUCAGAAGCUACCAUUUUAGCCAACUCAUCAUCAAUACUGUGCUGUUUGGCUGGGGUCAUCAGUUUAGGUAAAAACUGACUUAUUUUGCUUUGAGUUGCAGUAGGAGAGGUUAUACUUGCACGCAUGGGGAUGGCAGUAGACGUUACAGCAGCUGUUGUUCUGGUAUGAGACACACCAGGAUCAGUAGAUGGUGAGCUGGCUUGCCCUCUCUCCUCUAACUGCACUGUAGGAUGGACAGUUCUUGUAUGUCUAUGCAGGUUUGUGGUGGAACCUGCUCUUAUAGUGACCUUCGUUUUGCAGUGAAGGCACUCUGCUUUCUUGUUCCCAAUAUCUUUAAACUGCAGCCAGAUGCUGCUUCGCUUUCUAGUGUCACUCAUAGUUAAACGACACGACAAUGCAAGACGCACACACGCUCCUCAGUCCGCUCUGUCUCUCUCUUCACUUGCAGUGGAGUCAAGUGGUGUGUCUGCCCCGCCCCCUCUCUGUUUACACAUCCUUAAUUCUCACGUGAAUGCCGCAUGCUGGUCGCCAUGCUGGCCAAUCAUAACAGACCUCUGUGAAAGUGAAACCUAAGCAGCGAAUGGGCAAAAAACUGGGAGCCGGCUCUCACUCGAUGCGAGCCGGCUCUUCUGAUUCACUACAAAGAGCCGGCUCUCAGAGCCGAUGCUUGUGCGCAUGACCCAUCACUAACGCUCACUACCUUUCUCUCUUUGUUUCUCUCCUGUCCUCCAGAACUCCAGUGCAGACCACCGCGUGCAACUGGACCUGGGGCUGUGGGAUAAGUUCAGUGAGCUCUCCACCAAGUGCAUCAUUAAGAUAGUGGAGUUUGCCAAGCGCCUCCCCGGCUUCACCACCCUCACCAUCGCUGACCAGAUCACCCUCCUCAAGUCAGCCUGCCUGGACAUCCUGGUACUUAGCUGGUUCUUUCUAUCCUCUCAACCCCUCUGUCAACGGACACUAUUAUAUUCUCUGGGACUCAGAGACGUGGCAAUGUAAUAUGAGGGGAUACUGCCUCUGAGUGGAUAGAGGCGGUAUUGCAAGAGUAAACCCACAUGUAGGCUCACACUAUAGAGCGGGAAAGGUGAAUAGAUGAGGACAGACUAGCCUGUUGUUUUAUGGACAAUCGAUAAAGAACAUAGCCUACUUCCUGUUGUACGCAGAUAUAUUUUUUUUAUAUAUCCUUCCUCCUCUCUUUCUCGGUCUUUCCAUCUUUACCCAUUUUUAUUUCACCCCUAGAUGUUGAGGAUCUGCACGCGCUACACCCCAGAGCAGGACACCAUGACUUUCUCCGACGGGCUGACCCUGAACCGGACUCAGAUGCAUAACGCAGGCUUCGGCCCGCUCACAGACCUGGUGUUUGCCUUCGCUGGCCAGCUGCUGCCUCUAGAGAUGGACGACACAGAGACGGGCCUCCUCAGCGCCAUCUCCCUCAUCUCUGGAGGUACUGCACCCUGAGGGGAUUAAUACGAUUUUACUGUUGGUCAAUACAAUGUUAAGAACAAAUACAGACCUAAAUGUCUGUGAGGUGUUAGGCCGCGAUAACAUCCUCACUCAGUUACAAUAUCAGUAGAAAUGUGGGAAUUAAAUAGUUUGGUUACACUAUAUUUGUCACUUUAUUUACUUGUUGUUGUCAAUGACAUGAUACAAUUGUAAUGACCUAAAAAUAAUCAAUUACAUCAAUCAUCAAUUACAUCGUUCCUAUCCUAGUCUGAUGGCUAUCAUGUGUCCAGUUUGUCAUGUACAGUGUAUAUAACUCUGCCCUCUUCCCUGUCAGACCGAAUGGACCUGGAGGAGCCCCAGAAGGUGGACAAGCUGCAGGAGCCCCUCCUGGAGGCCCUGAAGAUCUACGCCCGUCGCAGACGCCCCAACAAACCACACAUGUUCCCCCGCAUGCUGAUGAAGAUCACUGACCUCAGAGGCAUCAGCACCAAGGGUCAUUAUUAUUAUAGUACAGAAUAGUACCCCACAAUACACCAGACCACCAGCUAACACACACAGUCAUAAUAAUACAUAUAGAUUACGGUGGAUGCAGAACAUUUGAGCUAGUACUUUGUUAGGAUUACUACCAUCAUUUCUGGAACAUCUAGCACUCUAAGCAAAUGCUAAGACAUUACUUUCCAGACAUGUUAACAUGAACGUUUUUUCUGUGGUGUGUGAACAGGUGCAGAGAGGGCCAUCACUCUGAAGAUGGAGAUCCCAGGCCCCAUGCCUCCUCUGAUCAGAGAGAUGUUAGAGAACCCAGAGGCCUUCGAGGACCAGACAGAGAGCAGUGGAGAGAGCUCCCCUCUGCCUGCCCCUCCUGCCCCUCCACCAGCCUCCACCAAGCCCCCCACCACCAUGAAGACUGAGGCCGAGGACGAGGAGGACAGCUGGGGGACAGAGAACGGCAGUGAGCCCUCCCAAGAGGAGGAAGAUGAGGAUGAUUAUGAUGAUGGGGAGGAAGAGGACAGGGGCUCGGACAGUGAGGGCGAAUCCUGGGCUCUGGAGGGUAGCAGCGAAGGGGAUAGGAAGAGCCAUGCCGGGAGGGCGCAGUGAGGAGGAGAGGCGAUCACACACAAAUACAGUCCGUACACUCAAACACACACACUAACUGACGUAGUCAUACACACUCGUGUGCGCACACACACAGACACACACACACCCUCCCUACCCCUUCCAAUGCUGGCCCUCCCUCCCUAACCUCUGCAUUCUCUUUAUCUCCCUACUGCACAUCAGUCUCUCCAAGCAGGACAGCAGAGACUUACACCUAACUGUACAGACACUAUAACUCAGGUUCUCUGACUCACAGGUUCCUGAUAAGUGACAUGCAGACAUGCAGAGAGACUUGCAGAGAUACUAUUAUAAAAGAGGGACGGAGAGACGACAUGAUCCAACCGACUGGACUUGUGACUCCUGAUAUAGAGAAGAGGAAAGAUGGCGUGA